AUGCCUGGAGUGUGGGAGAAACUGGUCAGAGAAGGAAACCUUACUUCACAUCAAAGAAUUCACACAGGAGAGAAACCAUAUGUAUGCCAGGAGUGUGGAAAAGCCUUCAGUCACAGAACAGGUCUUACUUCACAUCAGAGAAUUCACACAGGGGAGAAACCAUACAAAUGCCCGGAGUGUGGGAAAGGCUUCAGUCACAGCGGAGAUCUUACUAAACACCAGAGGAUUCACACGGGCGAGAAACCAUAUGUAUGCCUGGAGUGUGGAAAAGCCUUCAGUCGGAGCACAAGACUUAAUUCACAUCAGAGAAUUCACACAGGGGAGAAACCAUAUAAAUGCCUGGAGUGUGGAAAAGCCUUCAGUCACAGAACAGGUCUUACUUCACAUCAGAGAAUUCACACAGCGGAAAAACCAUAUAAAUGCCUAGAGUGUGGAAAAGCCUUCAGUCAGAGAGCAAAUCUUACUUCCCAUCAAACAAUUCACUUUGGCGAAACCAUACAAAUGCCUGGAGUGUGGGAAAGCCUCAUAGUCACAGCACAAAACACUCAUAGUCACAGCACAACUCUUACGUCACAUCAGAGAAUUCACAAAGGGGAGAAAUCAUACAGAUGCCUGGUGUGUGGAAAAGCCUUCAGUCAGAGUGGAAAUCUUAUUUCCCAUCAAAUAAUUCAUAACAGGGCAGAAACCAUAUAAAUGGCUGGAGUGUGGAUAAACCUUCAGUCAGAGAGUAAGUUUUACUUCCCAUCAAAGAAUUCACACAGGAGAAAUACCAUACAAAUGUCUGAAGCGUGGAAAAAGUUUCUGCUGGAUUUCACACCUUGCUUAUCAUCAAAGAAAUCACAUAGGAGAAAUCACAGUAAAUACAGCUAACCAGUCUCCAUUCUCUGUUUCACUGAAUAGAAGAUUGGGAGAAGAAAAUUAUCCAUAUGCUGGAAAUGGACAGAUAACUUGGAAGUUGAAAAGAAACUAUGCUAAAUUUAAGAAAACAUAAUUCUAUAUUCGACAAGUUAAAUUCUAAUACCAAUAAAGAAGACACUCCAUACGUUUAAAAUGGAAAAAUAAAAAUAUAAUCAAUCUCACCCUCAUAUUAAAAUUGUUAUCUUCUAUGAUAUAACAAUAAGUAAAGAACAGUAUAAUUUAAAAUAACAACAGAGAUAUACAUUUCCCUUCUUUCACAAUGUAUUUUUUUUCUUGUUUAGAAGAUGGGAAAAGAAUCACGAAAUUAUGACAAAGAUGAGAUAAUGUAUUUUGUUUAUUUCCCUGUAGGAGAAAUUUUAAGAAAUUGAAUAGUUAAAUGCUCAAAAGAAAAUAUUUGAAACAUAGAUAGAAAGAAUAUGUAUAAUAGUUUCCUUCCUUAGAUAGUUCCCUACAAUAGUUUUGUGUUUAUUAUAUAAUGUAUCUUGUGUUCUCGUUUUCUCUUGAUUCUAUAUUGUUGUAUUUUAAUAACAUUCAAAAAAUUUUUAAAAAGAAAACAGUGGCCAACAGUAUCCUAAAUAUUCUCCAUAGCCACCAAUUUUCAGA